CAGUCUUGUCCAGAUAUGGUUGUUGGCAGGAGGUGGAUGUUUCUCAGCAGAGCUCAAGCUUUUAGAGCUACAUUCUUACGAUGUUUUUUUUGUCUGAUUUCUGUCAUAUUCCACCUUGUUUUUCUUUUUCAACCCUGGCCUUUUGAACAGAGAGGUGCUCAUGAGAUUCGAGAAAUUCGUCAGUUUCAUUUCACUGGUUGGCCAGACCACGGCGUGCCGUACCAUGCGACAGGCCUGCUGGGAUUUGUGCGGCAGGUCAAGUCCAAGAGCCCCCCAAACGCUGGACCUCUGGUGGUUCACUGCAGUGCUGGUGCUGGCAGAACCGGGUGCUUCAUCGUUAUUGACAUCAUGCUAGAUAUGGCAGAAAGAGAAGGUGUUGUAGACAUAUACAAUUGUGUGCGAGAGCUUCGAUCUCGGAGAGUUAACAUGGUGCAGACAGAGGAACAGUAUGUAUUUAUCCAUGAUGCUAUCCUGGAAGCCUGUCUUUGUGGAGACACAUCUAUUCCAGCUUCUCAAGUUAGGUCUGCUUACUAUGAAAUGAAUAAAUUGGAUCCUCAAACUAACUCCAGCCAGAUCAAAGAGGAAUUUAGGGUAAGUUGUGGCUAGCCAUACCUAGAAGCUAUACCCCAAUGUAGCUGAAUAUAGCUAUACAAAGGUUUCUAAUUAAGUGCUGGCUUAUAACCACGUGAAUUUGGGCCAGCCCUGGGGGAUGAAAGACUGAAA